AGUUCGAUUUCCUCAUUAAAUAUCGGGAGUCUCUUUGGAUCUUCCCUUUAAUUCUAUAUCUCCAACUCCAGGGUCCCAAAAUUUCCGUGUUUUGAACUAUCUCUAGUCAAAUACCCAGUUCAAAAAAAUCAUUUUUUAGCAAUGAUGGAAGAACAAGAAGAAACAACAGAGACAAAACCACUUCAUCAGGAUGCAUCAGAUAGCCAUGUGAGAAGGAAUAACCCCAAAAAGGGUUUUCUGGAAACGGUGUUAAAACCGAUAAAAUGGUUGAAAAUGUUGAGUGAAGAGUUGCAUUGGAGCUUUGUGUUGGGAGUGGUAAUAGUGUAUGGAAUCAGUCAGGGUUUUGGCGUGGGAUUGAGUAGAGUUAGCACACAGUAUUACAUGAAAGAUGAGCAGAAGGUGCAACCCUCUAAAGCACAGGUCUUGAUCGGGGUAAUCCAUUUGCCUUGGAUUGUUAAGCCUCUUUGGGGCCUGCUUACUGAUGUUGUACCCAUUCUUGGUUACCGGAGACGCCCUUAUUUCGUUUUUGCUGGGGUUCUUGGUGUGAUCUCCAUGCUAAUUCUGUCACUACACCAGAAUCUGCAUCUUGGAUUCGCCUUGUUAUCUUUGGUGGCAGGAAGUGCUGGUAUUGCAAUUGCAGAUGUGGCUAUCGAUGCCUGUGUCACACAGCAUACUAUAAGUCAUCCUUCCCUUGCUGGUGAUAUGCAGAGCUUGUGUGGGCUGAGCUCUUCUAUCGGAGCAUUGUUAGGAUUCUCGCUUAGUGGCUUUUUUGUUCACCUAGCUGGAGCUAAGGGUGUAUUUGGGUUGCUUAUUGUCCCUGCUAGCCUUGUUGUUUUGGUUGGAAUCUUGUUGAGAGAAUCCAGUGUGCGCAACUUUGCUUAUGGAAGAGUGAAGGAGAAGUUUCUAGAUGCUAGCAAGGUUAUGUGGACAACUCUGAAAUGCCGGGAUGUUUGGAGACCAUGUUUAUACAUGUACUUGUCUCUUGCACUAGGCUUGCAUAUCCAUGAAGGGAUGUUCUACUGGUACACAGAUGCAAAAGACGGCCCAUCUUUCUCACAGGAAAUUGUUGGAUCCAUAUUCUCUGUAGGUGCUGUGGGCUCUCUUUUUGGGGUCCUUCUAUACCAGAACUUUUUGAAAAAUCAUCCUUUUCGUGAUAUACUGUUUUGGGCCCAGCUGUUGUAUGGUAUAUCUGGAUUGCUCGAUUUGGUAUUGGUGUUGCGUAUAAAUUUGAAACUUGGUAUGUCAGAUUAUUUCUUCGUGGUGAUUGAUGAAGCUGUCUCUCGUAUGAUUGGGCGUAUUAAAUGGAUGCCUUUUCUUGUACUCAGCUCCAAGCUUUGCCCAUCUGGUAUAGAAGGCACUUUCUUCGCUCUAAUCAUGUCAAUCGAUCAUAUAGGGCUACUUUCAUCAGCCUGGUCAGGAGGCCUAGUGCUCCAUAUGCUGAAUGUUACACGAACACAAUUUGACAACCUUUGGAUAUCCAUCAUCAUCCGGAGCCUGUUAAGACUUAUCCCAAUUGGGUUCCUAUUUUUGAUACCUAGAAGUGAUCCCAACCUGUCCAUCCUUCCGUCUGAGACGUUGAGGAGAAAACGGGUAAAUGAUGUACUUGAACCAGAAAAUAUUGAAAUGGCUACCCUUGUCUUAGCAUCUGACUAGACCCUGGGCUGGUAUUUAAGACUUCAGGAGAACAAGUAAUAAUGAAUAUGGUUAUCAUAUUAUCUAGUUGGACCUCUCCAUUCCAAAACUAAACAUCCUAUUUUCGAGUUGGAAAGUUGUAGCAAUUAUCGUUUAGAAUGUCUUAGAUAUGCAAGGACACACUCUUUUUUGUUCCUAAUCACUGUGCUUCGUGAGGUAUAGUUGCCUUAGAAUCAUUUGCUGAAGAAUCUAAACCUAUGCUCAAGGACAAUAACUCAGGGUUCAAAUCAUCAGGAACUUCUUUCUUUUCUCAGAUGCCUCUUUGUCCGAAGCAUUUAAUACUGAGGAAGCAAUGAAAAUUCAGCGUUCAGACAGAUUUUCAUACAAGGCAAUCAAUUUCGCUGGGGCAGUUCCAAGAUAUGCAUCAGGUUCUUUCUCUCUCUCUUAUUCUCUGCUUCGUGACGUGCUUGUUGUAUCAAUAUGCUUUUAGGCUAAAAGAGCAAUGAAAUUAUUUACAUAGUCAA